AUGAGCCAAUUACUGACUGCCCGCCAGGCGGAAGAGCUUCAUAAGGCCAUGAUCGCCUACCUCCUAUCCGCCAACCUACCGAAGAGUGCCGCUGCGCUACGCGAAGAGUUAGCUGACAGUGUCCAGCUUGACGACUCCACCGCGAAGAAAUAUGAAGGGCUUUUGGAAAAGAAGUGGACGAGCGUGGUGCGGUUGCAAAAAAAGAUCAUGGACUUAGAAUCUCGAAACAAUGCCCUCCAAUCCGAGCUGGACUCUGCUACUCCAACAUCCCUCGCCCGAAGAAACCAAGACCCCGUCUCCUGGCUGCCCCAUGCCCCCGCCAGACACAUUCUACAAUCCCACCGUGAGCCCGUAACUUGCGUGGGCUUCCAUCCCGUCUUCUCCUCCCUUGCAUCCGGAUCGGAUGACACAACCAUCAAGAUAUGGGACUGGGAGCUAGGUGAGCUCGAGCGGACAAUAAAGGGCCACACAAAAGCUGUAUUGGAUGUGGACUACGGCGGACCCCGCGGCGGCACCCUACUAGCCUCAUGUUCAUCAGACCUCACAAUCAAACUCUGGGAUCCAUCAGACGGGUACAAAAACAUCCGCACCCUCCCAGGCCACGACCACAGCGUCUCUGCCGUCCGAUUCAUCCCCUCCGGCGCCGCCGGCUCUCCGCUCUCAGGCAACCUCCUCGUUUCCGCCUCCCGUGACAAAACCCUGCGUAUCUGGGACGUCACGACGGGAUACUGCGUCAAGACGCUGCGUGGACAUGUAGACUGGGUGCGGGACGUCGCAGCCUCGCCGGACGGCCGCUUCCUCUUCUCAGCCGGAAACGACCAAGUCGCACGCCUCUGGGACGUUUCUUCCGGCGAGACCAAAUCCACUUUCCUCGGCCACGAACACGCGGUCGAAUGUGUCGCUUUCGCCCCGCCAACCAGCUAUCCGCACCUGUCAGCUCUGGCGGGGCUGAAAAAGGCACCCCCAUCCUCCUCGUCGGCGGAAUAUGUGGCCACAGGCUCGCGCGACAAGUCCAUACGCAUAUGGGAUGCGCGCGGGACGUUGAUCAAAACCCUCAUCGGCCACGACAAUUGGGUUCGCGCCCUCGCGUUCCAUCCAGGAGGCAAAUAUCUGCUCUCCGUCAGCGACGAUAAGACGCUCCGCUGCUGGGAUCUGACGCAGGAAUGCAAGUGUGUUCGCACGGUGAAGGAUGCACAUGGGCACUUUAUCAGCUGUAUACGGUGGGCGCCGAAUAUUAUCAAAGAUGCUGGGGUUGUGAAUGGGGAUGAUACGUCGACUGCUGCUUCUGCGAAUGGGGGUGCGCUUGCUGCCUCUGCUAUUAAUGGGGUUGUUCCGACGGGGAAGAAGGAAGAUCCUGGCGGCGGGCCGAUGAUGGGAAUUCGCUGUGUGAUUGCGACGGGGAGUGUGGAUUUGAAGGUGAGGGUGUUUGCGUCGUGA